AAAGAAAAACCCUUCGUGCAAUCCACAUUGGAUUCUGGUGCAGCACAAGGAGCAACAUGAAAUUCGCGGUGUUUCUUUGCCUGGCGUUCGCCAUCGCAGUUGAAUCUUUUUGGAGAGGAGAGACUACAAACGUCUUGGAAGACGAAUCCGAAAUCGAUAUCAAAACAGAGUGUACGGGAGAUGAUGAAUGUGACGAGGGAGAAUGUUGCUUCAAUACGUUUGCCCAGUGCAUUCCAAAAAAAGAGGAAGGCGAAUGGUGCAGUCCACUCUCUACAUGCUACUCCCGUUGCCAAGAUGGUCUGGAGUGUAAAAAAGUCGCCGUUGGCAUUCACCGAUGCUCUCGCCCCAACGCACCUCCUUCCGAGCCGGUGGGGUCGGGGUCUGGGGAGUUCCCCACCGCCUAAACACAGCCUGCCCUAAAUGAAAAGCAGCUAAUGUCAUAACGAGACAUAGGAUUUGUAGUACUAAAUGUUAAGAGUUAAAAAAGCUGUUGUGAAAGACAAUCAAAAGAUAAACCUUGCAUAUAUGAGGAAAUAAAUUUAUGGUUAAGGAGCA